CAACCACCCUCCUGCGAGUAUUUCUUGUUCCUGUUUUACAAAUGAUGAGACUAACCGACGAAAAGAGCAUUGGACCGUGGGAUAGGACACGUCCCCGUCGGUAACUAGCUCUGUGACCUUGAGCUAGUCGCUUGCCCAGCGGGGGUUGAUCCUGCGGUUUCUUCCCGUUCCAACACAGCCCAGCUCAAGGUCACGAGUACUCAACUGCCGCUGGAACUGGGUCUCGAAACUUCAAGGCGUGAUUUACGACAACCUUCGUUGCGAGGGGGAGGAACGGAGAGGUUCGAAGCGAGCGCCCCGCCUCCUCCGCAGAGAUCCGGGCGCCAGAGGGUCGGACACACCGCCCGAGCUCCAAGCCGAAAUGCACUACGGUGUCCGAGAAGUGUCGAUUCGUCCCUCGCGAAGACUUCCCCUUCCGCCAAUCACUGCCUGAGGCCCGCCCUUCCCGGCGCCGGAAGGAGCCGUUGCCGCGAGCAACAGCAACGUCCGGCUUUCGGAGUUUGGCGGCGGGAAAGGCCAUGAGCAAAGGCCGGGCAGAAGCUGCGGCGGGAGCCCCCGGCAUUCUCCUGAGGUACCUGCAGGAGCAGAACCGGCCCUACAGCGCCCAGGACGUGUUCGGGAACCUGCAGCGGGAACACGGACUGGGCAAGGCGGCGGUGGUGAAGGCGCUGGAGCAGCUGGCUCAGCAGGGCAAGAUCAAAGAGAAGAUGUACGGCAAGCAGAAGAUCUAUUUUGCGGACCAGGACCAGUUUGACAUGGUGAGUGAUGCAGACCUCCAAGCCCUGGACGCCAAAAUCGUGGCCCUCACUGCUAAGGUGCAGAGCUUGCAGCAGAGCUGCCGCCACAUGGAGGCUGAGCUGAAGGAGUUAACUAGUGCCAUGACCACACCGGAGAUGCAGAAAGAGAUCCAGGAGUUAAAGAAGGAAUGUGCUGGCUACAUAGAGAGACUGAAGAACAUCAAAGCAGCCACUAACCAUGUGACUCCAGAAGAGAAAGAGCAGGUGUACAGAGAGAGGCAGAAGUACUGCAAGGAGUGGAGGAAGCGGAAGAGGAUGGCAACAGAGCUGUCUGAUGCAAUCCUCGAAGGAUACCCCAAGAGCAAGAAGCAGUUCUUUGAGGAAGUUGGGAUAGAGACAGAUGAAGAUUACAACGUCAAGCUCCCAGACCCCUGAGAGGCCCUCUGGCAGGCCUGGGGGAUGGGAACAGAGAUGUCCUGGACCGGCAGCCUUGUUUAGGUCAGCUUUUUUUGUUGCUCCUGCUGCUUUCUACCUUUAAGCAGAGCAGUUGGGAGAGGGGCAUUAACCAGAGUAUUGGGUGGAGGGAGUGAGUGCCGGCGGCCCAGAGCAGAUGGUCACAUUUAUUGCAUCAUCCACAUUUCAGUUGCUUGAGUUUAACACUUAGACUUGGACCAACGCUAAAGGAAAGCAUUUAGCCAUAUUUAUUGUAAUAUAAUUUGAUAUAAAAAUACUUAAUUUCCUCUGGAUAAUCAAACCUCCCAGAUAGCAAACCUGAGGAAGGCAGAAGGGAGCUUGGGGGACAAGGGUAGAGUGAGGCUA